GCUCUUUUGGAGAAAGGAGAGGCCUCGCUUAGAAUUUCCGUGCCCCUCGCUUCACUUCCACUGUCCGCUUUCCUUUUUUUCGCCAUUGCAUUUUGCGUUUUGGUGGGUGCCCACGGAUUCCUCAUCCAAGACGAAGCCUCUUCCUCCCCCUCCUCCUCUUCGUCCUUCGUCUGUGACAUUGCACUCUGAGAGAGUGAGUGAGUGAGAGCGAGAGAGAGAGAGAGAGAGAGAGAGAGUGUGAGGAAGAGAGUAGUGUGGAGUGUGGAGAUACGCCGAUGGAGCGCUUGAUUCGGCGUCGGCGAAGGUGAGGAGGGUUCGGGCGGGAGCUCCGCGAGGCGCUGGAGAUCUGUGGUUCACGGAAAUGUGUGUCUGCAUUGGCUGGAUCGGCGGAUCCGAGAAGGCAGGAUUGAGGGAGCUCGAGUAGGGAGGGGAGUUGGGUUCUGGUUUAUCGAGAUCCUGGGGUUUCGUAAGCUUUUGCAGUUUGUGCCGAGGGCGUUAUCUGGGUUGGAAGUUGUUAGUUUGAAGGUGAUGCUUGGGCUGAUUUCUGCAGUCUCGAAAAAUGGCUUUCUUGAAAGGUAAUUUCCACCUGCCCCGAAAGUUCAGCGGUGGUAGUGGUAGCUCAAUAUUGGAUGAAGUUGAGCAUCAACAAACUCAUCAGGAGCUGGAGAGGCUCUACACGUCCACUAGGGCUGCAAAGCAUUUUCAGAAAGAUGUUGUCAAGGGGGUUGAGGGCUUGGUGAGUACAGGUAAAAGGCAACUCGAGAUCGAAAUCAGGUUUGGACAGGAUUGCACUAAGUAUGGGUUGGAGGGCGCCAGUGUUACGGAGUCUCUCUCAAGGGCCACACAGCACUAUGGUUCGGCAAGGGGUAGGAUGGAGAAAGAGCGGGAAAACUUUCACCGAGUUAUAUCCUUGCAGGUGGCAGAACCUUUGAAGGCGAUGGUGCAAGGUUCACCUUUAGAGGAUGCCCGGCACUUGAAACAAAAGUACGACCGUCUGCGCGAAAGCGUAGAUAGUCAUGCUUCCGAGGUUCAGAAGAGGAAGACCAAAGACGCCAACGGCAAUCCAGAACACGCUGCCAAAUUGCGAGCAGCUGAGCAGAAGCUGGAUGAAAUCAUCUCAGCAAUGAACACCAUGGGAAAGAACGCCACAUCUGCUAUGAGCGUAGUUGAAACCCAACAACAGCAAACAACUCUCCACAAGAUGCUCUCUAUGGUUGAGGCUGAGAGAGCAUAUUUUCAACGUGUCACCAGCAUUCUGGACACAUUACAUCACGAGAUUGAGUCAGAGGUAAAAAAAUCCUCGAAUCCCUCGGUUUCCGGGAACGGAGACUCUCAUAAUUCUAAACACAGAGAAGGGCGCAUUGUAGAAAGUUCUUAUUCGGAAACACCCUCUUCAAAUCCCUUGAGGCAGGCAGCUGUGGAUCCACCAGAGCCAUCUUACAACGUUGUGAACGGAAGUAACAGAGGGUAUGAGGACAAGGAGCCGACACUUGAGGCUGGGAAAGUCCCUGCUGCCCCCGAGCCCAAAAGCUUCUAUGCCACUGCAACACAUGACUUUGUUGGAGAAGAUGAGGGAGAGCUUACCAUAUCAGUUGGUGAUGAGGUCCUGGUACGCCAGGUCACUUCAUCUGGAUGGUCGGAGGGACAAUGCAACGGUCAAUCCGGAUGGUUUCCUUCUACUUAUGUUGAGAAGAAGCAACCUAUACGGAAAGGACGGGGAAAGUUGGGGGGCAGUUCUAGAUGAGCUUUUCUAACCUUGCUAAUGAAUGCGCAUUUACCAGACGAGACUUCCAGGUGCUCUAUUCCACUGUAUACAGUUCGCAAUCUUUCUAAUAUUUUUUCAAUCCUCAUCUGACGUUGAGGAUAUACUUUAGGUUAGAUUUCUUUAAUAUGUUCCAAUCAUCAAUCUUCUCAAUUUCAAGUUGACGUCGAAUUCAUGAUGGCUUCUUUGUUGUCC